AUGGUAGUUGAUGGUAUUGAGGAAAUUCGCUUUCAUACAUCUUCUGACUCUGAAUAUAUGGACAACUUUCAAGAGUAUCUUGAACGUAUGGAAGACAAUGUGUGUAUCCUUAAUCAGACAAAUGAAGAACAUGUAAAAAAACUUCAGGUCACUAUUGAAGACUUUGAAGGCACAACUACUUAUAUAAAGGGACAAGUUGCUCGCAACAUGCGGAGGAUCGAAACUCUAGAUCAGAAAAUUCACAACACUACUGAAGAUCGUCUAUCUCCGAUGCAUCAGAAGAUAGAUGACUUUAUUCAGUCCUUAUCCAUUCUAGAGUCUGUCUAUGGAGCCAAGUUAGAUCAUAUGCAGAAUCAUGUAACUGCUCAAGACCAGUACAUCUCCACUCUUGAGAAGUCCAUUGCAGAACUAUCUAAAGCUUCUGUAUCAUCCUCCAACUCUCCCUUUCAAGAAUUUAGUGAGCAAGUUCAACGCCAGCUGGAUUCAUUGCGAUCAGACAUUGCAAAUCUCUCAAAAUCAAAUUCCCAGAAAGGCCAUAACUCCUUAGGUGAAAUAUCUUCUCUUCAGAAGACUAUUCAGUUGCUAGUGAAUGAAGUCAACGCUAUCAAGACACAAUCUUCUUCUUCUGAUAUAUGUGAACUUCAACAAAAAGUUGCAUCGACUGAUUCCAAGCUUGACUUGAUCUUGGCAAAGUUAUCUGUUUCAAAUGAUAGGCCACCUGAACCGGAGGGGGAAAAGGUCAAAAAGACCAUAUCAAAUGAAGAAUUAGCUAAGCAACUUAAGUUUAAGGAUUUAAAGUCUAAACAAGAGGUGCUUUUCAAAAAGAAAUCUUCAGAGAUCUCGCCUAAAGAAAGAAGUGCAUGGCAUGAUGAACAAUUUAGAGCACCAUCUCCUAAAAGAACCAUCUUCUUCAAUCCUGAUAGAGAUACUUAUCAGAAUAUCAAGGCCAUCCAGCCCACAAAUUCCUUCACACCUCCUUCAGACCUCACUAAAGAAAACUAG